GCAGGCCCUCAGCACCAGCAGCGGCUGCGGCUGCCCCACCCCCGGAGAACCUGGAGGAAGAUUGGAGGAGAAGGAGAAGAAGGAGGAGGAGGAGGAGGACAAUGUGGACCCCGCUCCAGAAUUCCGUGGAGGUGGCGUUGCGCAGGAACCCUCACCGCCUGUGUGCGGGGACCCUGGGGGUGGCGGUCAGCCUCUUCCUGCUCGGCUUUCUUUUCGGAUGGAUUGCAAAACCCACCAGUGAAGUUAGUACCAUAAUUCCCCACCGAAAUAUGAAGAAGGUAUUUCUGGAUGAACUGAAAGCUGAAAACAUCAAAUCAUUUUUAUAUAAUUUUACACGGAUCCCACAUCUGGCAGGCACGGAACAAAACUUGGACCUUGCAAAGCAAAUCCAAUCCCAGUGGAAGGAAUUUGGCCUAGAUUCGGUUGAACUUACUCACUAUGAUGUCCUCUUAUCCUACCCCAAUGAGACUAAUCCCAACUAUAUCUCUAUCAUUGAUGAAGAUGGAAAUGAGAUUUUCAACACAUCAUUAUUUGAACCCCCUCCUCCAGGAUAUGAACAUGUUCCAGAUGUGGUUCCACCUUUUAGUGCUUUUUCACCACAGGGGAUGCCAGAGGGUGAACUAGUGUAUGUGAAUUAUGCAAGAACCCAAGACUUCUUUAAAUUGGAGCGGGAUUUAGGAAUCAAUUGUUCUGGAAAAAUUGCCAUUGCUAGAUAUGGGAAAAUUUUCAGAGGAAAUAAGGUUAAAAAUGCUCAACAGGCAGGAGUCAAAGGAAUUAUUCUGUAUUCUGAUCCUGCUGAUUAUUCAUCCCCUGGGGUAGAACCUUAUCCAAAAGGUUGGAACCUUCCAGGAGGUGGUGCCCAGCGUGGAAAUGUGCUAAACCUCAAUGGUGCAGGUGACCCUCUCACUCCAGGUUAUCCAGCCAAUGAAUAUGCCUAUAGAUAUGAUAUAACUGAGGCUAUUGGUCUUCCAAAGAUUCCUGUUCAUCCAAUUGGAUACAAUGAUGCCCAGAUCUUACUAGAAAAUAUGGGAGGACCAGCACCACCAGACAACAGCUGGAAAGGAAGGCUCAAUGUGCCUUACAACAUUGGGCCUGGCUUUACUGGAAACUAUUCUACACGAAAAGUCAAAAUGAAUAUUCACAGCAACAAUAAAGUAACAAGGAUUUACAAUGUGAUUGGAACUCUAAGAGGAGCAGUGGAACCAGACAGGUAUGUAAUUCUGGGAGGUCAUCGUGACUCAUGGGUGUUUGGUGGCAUUGAUCCUCAGAGUGGAGCUGCUGUAGUACAUGAGAUUGUGAGGAGUUAUGGAAAACUGAAAAGGGAAGGAUGGAGGCCAAGAAGAACAAUGAUAUUUGCUAGCUGGGAUGCUGAAGAAUUUGGUCUAUUGGGGUCUACUGAGUGGGCUGAGGAAAAUUCCAAAGUACUUCUAGAACGUGGAGUGGCUUAUAUUAAUGCAGAUUCUUCUGUAGAAGGAAACUACACUUUGAGAAUUGAUUGUACACCGCUUAUGUACAAACUGGUAUACAGCCUAACAAAAGAGCUUCGAAGUCCUGAUGAGGGUUUUGAAGACAAAUCUCUAUAUGAGAGCUGGAAGGAGAAAAAUCCUUCAACAGAAUUCAAUGACCUACCCAGGAUUAACAAACUGGGAUCUGGCAAUGACUUUGAAGUCUUUUUUCAUAGACUUGGCAUUCCUUCAGGCAGAGCUCGUUACACUAAAAACUGGAAAACAGACAACUACAGCAGCUAUCCAGUAUAUCACAGUGUCUAUGAAACUUACGAAAUAGUGGAAAAUUUUUAUGACCCCACUUUUAAGAAUCACCUCACAGUGGCUCAGGUCCGAGGAGGCGUCCUUUUUGAAUUGGCCGACUCCAUUGUUCUCCCUUUGGACUGUCAAGACUAUGCCAGAGUUUUACAGAAAUAUGUCAACAGCAUUUAUGAACUGGCCCAGAAGCAUCCGGAAAAGCUGCAAGCAUACAACAUAUCCUUUGACCCACUUUUCUCAGCGGUGAAGAAUUUUACAGAAACAACUACUAACUUCAGCAAGAGACUACACGACCUAGACACAAAUGAUCCGGUCUCAGUGAGAAUUAUCAAUGAUCAGCUAAUGUUUUUAGAAAGAGCUUUUAUUGAUCCUCUUGGAUUGCCUGGAAGCCCAUUCUAUAGGCACAUCAUCUUUGCUCCAAGUAGUCAUAACAAGUAUGCUGGAGAGGCAUUCCCGGGAAUUUAUGAUGCUCUCUUUGAUAUUGAAAACAAAGAAGAUUCUUCAAAGGCCUGGGCGGAAGUCAAGAGGCAGGUUUCUAUUGCAGCCUUCACAGUGCAAGCUGCAGCAGGCUCUCUGAAGGAAGUCGCAUGAUAGCUGGAGCAAGGGAUAGCAUGUGAAAACAGAGCAUCUUUCAGAAAAUGCCCAAAAGCAAAAUGGAUACCCAGCCAUUGGGAAUACCUCAACAAACUGGUAUAGGCAUGUAAAGGAAUAUUAUUGUGCCAUAAGAAGCGAUGACUAUGAAUAACUUGGUGAAUGAUGGGAAGAUUUGUAUGAACUGAUGCAGAGUGGAACAGAAAAGACCAGAAGAACAGUAUCUACAAUGGUUGUAAUAAUUUAAAUGAAAAGAAUACUAAAUGGAAACCAAACUGAGUAAUUGUAAUGAGCAUUCUUGGUUCCAAAGAAUAGGUAAUGAAAUAUACCUUUCUCCUGGCAGGUAGGAACAGAAGAGGAAACUAUAGGAGCAGAACACGCUGAAUACACCCCCAAAUGCAAACUGGUUGAUUUUACUUAACUGUUUUAAGAGGAAGGUUCAGGAACAGGUGACACAGGAGAAGCAGGAGAGCUUAUAUCGGGAAUGGUGGUCAUGUAAAAAUACAAAAGGUAUCAAUAACUUUUUUUUUUAAGAGGAGGAUUCAGUAAUAGGUGGCCGAAGGCAGGCAAGGGAACUAAUAUCGGGAAAUGAUAGUCAUGCAAAAAUACAAACAGUAUCAAUAAAACUUUUUAAAAAGGUGCUAUAGUUUAUCAUAAAGUGGUUAGAGUGAACUCAUUUCUGUGAGAACUCAGUCAAAUCAUUUAUUGAUGGUCUCCCAUUUUAAGGGUAUCAGAACAUGUAUGUGAUAUAUACUUAUUCCAUUAUUGUUAAGAGCAUUUGGAAAUUGAUCUCCAUUUUAAGAUACAAUUUGAGGAAUAUCCAGAGACAGAAAACUUUUACCUGGCACAGAAUGUUGUGGUAAAUCACAUUUUCUGAUUAAUAAAAAAUAAUUAGGGGGCAGCUAGGUGGCACAGUGAAUAGAGCACCAGCUCUGAA